AUGUACACGUCUCUGACUCUGCGGCGCUGGCACUCCCCAUCCUCAACGUACGUGGAGCACGCCAACGUGCCCCCCUCCCUCACCCCCGCUAUUCUCGAGGAGCUGUUUCGGGGCUGUUUGUUUUGCCCCGGCCGCACCACCUCCUCCGUCCCCACAACGAGCGCGUCCCUGCAACCGAUCCAGAUCCAGAGCCUCCUCCGCGUCGCCGUUUCCAAGACCAUCGCUGAGAGCAUUGCCAACUGCCUCAUCGUGACCGACUCCCCCAAGGUGAAAAUCCAGCUCACCUGUAUACACGAGCACAUCUUCUCCCUCGUGUCACGUCAAGUCACGAUUCCUUCAAUGUUGAUCCGCAUCCACGAGCCCAGGCAAGAGAACGAGCUCCCCCGGUGUAGGGUCGAGGAGGUCAACUGCCAGCUCGUGGUCCCACCGGCACGCUCCACAACACCGUUGCCUCUUGACUCGAUCUACAAUGCCAAUCGGAAGCUGCCGCUUGAAGACACGUCUCCGACGUUGUUUGUCGGCAACGCCUUCGGCGACGCUCCGGCGGCACGCUCCACGCCGCCGCCGUUGGUGAUUGUCGAUCCUCCUGCCCCACGCGUCCGCGUGUGGAGCUGCAUCGUUUGGGAGGCACUGGCACCGUGUGCGCGUUGCACUCGUGGCGACCGCGGAUGGCUCGAGUACGUCGAAGUCGCUCUCGUCCCCGAUCUCGCGCCGCUCCGCCUCCAGGGGGAGGACAACGUGAUGUUGAACCUCCCCGUUCCGACUCUCGCACCCAUGCCCGUAGCAGUAAUCUAG